CUUCCUCCGACUGCAACGAGCCUUGCAAGGGGGCGUCCACCGAGAUGUGCGGAGCAGCCAAUCGCAUGAACAUCAUCCGGGCAAACUGUUCCGGCAAACCCGAUCCCACAGGCCAUGCGUGCCUGUCUGCAGCGACGAAGGAGUUGCCGGUCUGCAACACGAGUCUGUCCAUCGGUGCCCGCCUUGACGACCUCAUUGGACGCCUCAGUCUUGAGGAGAAGGCCGGCCUCAUUGGCCCUGAUCCCGUCACCAGCCCAUGCGCCUUCCUCGACUACGGCGUCAAAAGGCUCGACAUCCCGCCGUAUCUGCAUCUGGUGGAGACGAACACGGCCGUAGCCUCUGCGUGCAUCAUCAGCCAGGACACGUGUGCCACCCACCUUCAUUGGCCCCACAGGGUCAUAUCCACGGAGAUGCACGCCUUCAACAAUCUCAACUGGCACAGGCGCGGCGGCGUCUUGCAGAAGAUCGGACUCGCAGACCUCUGCUUGAGUGGUGGGUACGCUGCUGCUUACGUGCCCGGCUGCCAGGACGGCUCGGACAGGAAGUACAAGAAAAUGGCAGCAGGUCUCAGGCACAUUGACGCGUACUCGGUCGAGACAAACCGCAUGGCAUUCAACCGGAACAUCUCCACCUUUGAUCUCUGGGACACCGAGACGCUGAACGAUGACGCGGACAUUGAGCUCAAGGAGACAUACUUCACCACAAACGGCCACUUGGCACAGGCUGUGAAGCACAACCGCACGACAAUCGACACAGAGAACAACAGCACCGUGCGGCGGGCAUCGUUGAGUGCACGGCCUGUGGACCCAAGCCUCCCUUCCAGUAACGGCCGCUGCAUCAGCGAGUACCCUGACGACGGCGAGUAUGAGCUCGGCAACGCGUGUGCCGAGUGCCAUAUAACACGUGUGCCGAGUGCCACCACACCAGACGCCACCCAUUGCCUCAACCUGUGUGACGGCAACCUCACCAGUCGACCACCGCUGCGUGCCAUGCACCACGUGUGGCAUGGGCACCUGGGCCUCCACCCCAUGCUCCGCGUCCUCCGACGCCGUCUGCUCUCCCUGGACCGAGUGCAAGCCGGGCCAGAAGGAGUCUGUCUCUGGCAACGCCGUGCGCGACCGCGCGUGCGUGAGCUGCACCCUUUGGCAUGGAGUACCAGCCGCUGCCGGAACGCGCCUCGUGCUUCCCCACCAGCGUGUGCAAGGAGCCCUUCAUCGCCCACGCUCACCACAGACCGCCUGUGCUCCUGUGACACGCUCGCCUGCAACAAGCUCAUCACGCAGCUGUUUGAGGAGAUGGUGUGCGCCGACCCCACGGACGAGCAGAUCUAUGUGGUGCUUGACGUGUGCUGCGCCGGCCAAGGCGAGGAUGGCAUCCACAACACCAUUCGCCAGAAGGCACGCCGCUCCUGCCCAGGCUGCACAGACAACCAUUGCGAGCCCAUUGAGGUGUGCGAGCGCGGCCAGGAGGAGGUUGCCGCGCCAACCCGCUGUUCCUUGGACCGUGUGUGCCGUGACUGCUCGGCCGGCACCAUCAACUCGGACAGCGCCGGCUCCACGGGUUGCCAGAUAUGCCCCACCGGCCAGUACACGGAGGCGGGCUCCGACAGCUCCUGCUCCAGCUUCACCUGCCGCACCGGCUCCCACCACCACGACAGCGACCCUGCCACCACGUGCAAGGACGUCACGGAGUGCGCGCCCGGGGGCGUGCCCUGUCUCCCCGUCACCACGUGCGACGCCGGCGAGGAGGAGACGGUCAAACCCACCCCCACGAGCGACCGCGUGUGCGGCCAGUGCGAUCUUGGCGCCACCUUCAAGCCCGUCCAACGGCCGGCAAGUGCGAGUUUGGCACGUUCCAGAAGCCAGGCGCUGACGCUCGACUCUGACCGCGAGUGCACGCUGGAGUGCUCCGAGUGCCCCAGCGGCCGCUUCGAGAUUCGCGCCUGCUCCGCGCUGGAGGACGUGCAGUGCGCCGGCUGCUCAGCGUGCCCGCCGAACACAUACAUCCUGCGCGCCUGCGACUCGGGAGAACGAUGUGUCAUGCCAGCGUACCGCAGCGCGCCAUGCACCGCCACCAGCAACACGGCAUAUAUGACGCUCGACGUGUGCGACCAGGACCAGUUUGAGCUGUUCCCCGCUCUCACGCCAACCAUGGAUCGCAUCUGCCGCGACCUGACCCAGUGCAACCCGUCGACGGAGUACGAGCGCACCGUCUGUGCCACCUCAUCACCAAGUGCGACCCUGGCGAGCAGCGCAUCCGCGCGCCAACCAUCACCUCCGACGCCAAGUGCGAGCCGUGCCCCAUCGGCACCACCGACCACGACCGCAACCCGCUCACCGCCUGCCAGCCGUGCCCCCUACGGCCACUAUGUGCCUGCGGGCUCCAUCGGCUCCUGCGAGCAGUUCCUGUGCCCGGCCGGCACCACCAACCUUGGACUGCAACGCCCGCACGCCGUGCACGCCCGUGAUUGCACACCUGUGACGGAGUGCGAUUUAGGCUACGAGGAAGUGGUGCGCCCUACUAUGCGCCCCACCAUCAACACGGACCGCCAGUACCGCCGCUGCAUCGAGGGCCUGUUCUACCGCAACAGCAACACGGACUUCUGCGCUCGCUGUCUGUCCAACGAGUACGAGCUCGUUGACACGCAGUCGCGCCGCGAGGCGUUUGAGGCCGCGCUGGGCUCCGUCAUCGCCACCGUCGCUUCCCUCAACGAGGACAUUACGGUGUGCCUCUUCAGCUUGUUCGUCUCUGGCGACGUCACCGUCAUGGGCUUCACCGCAUCGCCGUGCGAGGCCGACGCGUUCCUGGACGACUCGUCCCUUUGGUUGCACGGCAACGAGCUCAAGGCAUCGGAUGCAGUUGACUCUUGGAUUACCACGGCGUUGUUGGGAGAGACGCCAGCAGCAGUGGCGGUGGCGGCCGUGGUAGUGGUGCACGCCAUGGCAACAGCAGCGACGGCUGAUGUGGUGGUGGUGGUGAAUGUGCUUGCAUUCCUCACGAGUUCCAGCAACAGCAAGGAGGUGGUCGCCGUGCUUCUGGUGGGCACACAUUUGUUGACUAUUGUUGGUGCCAUGGCUGGCAACAGCUGCUGCUGCAAUGCGAGGCAACGGCAGUGAAGAAGGAGAUGGAUGUAUGUGGUGUGC